GAAUUUUAACUGUACACAUUGUUUGUUUACUUCGUGGCUUCUUGCUGCGAAACAGUUUCCAGUUAAAAUGUUUGUAAGCUGUAUUUGUUGAGUCUCUCACUAAAAUGUUUUAGCAUUUUUCCUGUCCCAUCGGUAAAGAACAGUUGUAGUUUUAACAUUACCCGCCUGACAAGAAAAACACAGGGCUGCUGUGUGUUGACUGACUUUGGUGGCUGGUGAUGGAGGAGCAGAGUCAGGGCGCAGUGGGAGGAGGGCUGUCUGUAAAAGAGGAAGAGGUGGAAAACGACAACCUGACAGAGGAGGAAGAUGAGGAGGCUCUUCCUCACUCAGAGAUCCUGGAUAUUUUCGAGGAGGGACUUGCUCGACUCGUUCAGGACCCUUUACUCUGUGAUCUACCAAUUCAGGUGACUCUGGAGGAGGUAAAUUCUCAGAUUGCUUUGGAGUAUGGCCAGGCAAUGACUGUGAGGGUUUUGAAGGCAGAUGGCGAAAUAAUGCCCAUAGUGGUGGUGCAAAAUGCCACUGUCCUUGACCUGAAGAAGGCCAUUUGCAGAUUCAUGGAGCUGAAACAACAACGUGAAGGCGGAGUGAAACAUGUCAGCUGGAGAUAUGUUUGGAGAACUUAUAAUUUAGUAUUUCAAGGGGAAAAGCUUGAAGAUGACAAGAUGAGACUGAAAGACUACGGGAUCAGGAACAGAGAUGAAGUGACAUUCAUGAAGAGACUCAGAAAAAAGUGAAAUGUCGCAGCCAACGUUUGUCACAUCAGGAAAAAGCACCAGUUCCUGCAGCAGUGUGUAUUGGGGUGCUACCAGACUUCUCGGACUUGAAAUGACCUUCACAAGCAUUCAUGAUUGUACAACUUGUUUUAUUUGAAGGGUUCUGGGGGAGUCACAACAUGAUAUAUCUGUGUGCACAUUAUACACCCCAAAUAUUUAUCCAGAAAGUCUUUACGAACUGAGGUGUUUCUCAAAGAGGCUACAAAUAAAUAAUAUAUCUGGAGUACUAGAUGUUAAGCCCCCCCAGUGUGUAGUGAUUUUGUUUAGUUGUCUGCAAAUAUUAAAAUAUAUUACACUGUUGUAA